CCUUUAGCACCGCCUUACUCCCGGCUGCCUUUGCGCUCGCGCCUGCGCCGACUUCCAGCUGGAGCUGGACCUGAGAGUUGGAGGGGCGUGCGCGCGCCCUCGCUCCUGUUGCGCGCGCGGUGUCACCUUGGGCGCGAGCGGGGCCGCGCGCGCACGGGACCGGGAGCCGAGGGCCAUUGAGUGGCGAUGGCGGCGACGGCGAGUGGGAUGGACGGGAAGCCCCGUACCUCCCCUAAGUCCGUCAAGUUCCUGUUUGGGGGCCUGGCCGGAAUGGGAGCCACCGUUUUUGUGCAGCCCCUGGACCUGGUGAAGAACCGGAUGCAGCUGAGUGGGGAAGGAGCCAAGACACGAGAGUACAAAACCAGCUUCCAUGCCCUCACCAGCAUCCUGAGAGCAGAAGGGCUGAGGGGCAUUUACACCGGGCUGUCAGCUGGCCUGCUGCGCCAGGCCACCUAUACCACUACUCGCCUUGGUAUCUAUACCGUGCUGUUUGAGCGCCUGACUGGGGCUGAUGGUACACCCCCUGGCUUUCUGCUGAAGGCCCUGAUUGGCAUGACUGCAGGUGCAACUGGUGCCUUUGUGGGAACACCAGCUGAGGUGGCUCUUAUCCGCAUGACUGCUGAUGGCCGGCUUCCACCUGACCAGCGCCGUGGCUACAAAAACGUGUUUAAUGCCCUGGUUCGAAUUGUCCGGGAAGAGGGGGUCCCCACGCUAUGGAGGGGCUGUAUCCCUACCAUGGCUCGGGCCGUCGUCGUCAAUGCCGCCCAGCUCGCCUCCUACUCCCAGUCCAAGCAGUUUUUACUGGAUUCAGGGUACUUCUCUGACAACAUCCUGUGCCACUUCUGUGCCAGCAUGAUCAGCGGCCUGGUCACCACUGCCGCCUCCAUGCCCGUGGACAUUGCCAAGACCCGGAUCCAAAACAUGCGAAUGAUUGAUGGGAAGCCGGAAUACAAGAACGGGCUGGAUGUGCUGGUGAAGGUCGUCCGCUACGAGGGCUUCUUCAGCCUGUGGAAGGGCUUUACACCAUACUAUGCCCGCCUGGGCCCCCACACUGUCCUCACUUUCAUCUUCUUGGAGCAGAUGAACAAGGCCUACAAGCGUCUCUUCCUCAGUGGCUGAGGCAGGCGAGGGGCCUGGAGCCGCUGUGCCGGGGCUCCUACUCGCCCGCUGCUCCUACAGUCAGUGCGCCUCCCCGGGGGCCUAGACUCUGCUGCCCCGGGCCCCUCUAUUUAUUUUCCCUCCACAGUGUGGUGCGGUUCCCUCCUCUGCGGUCAAGGACUUUGGUCUGUCCUGCCCCUGCUCCAGCUUGCCCUCCUUGUCCUAAUCAUCGUGAUCUCUCUGUCCCUGGCUGUGCCUUGGCAGGGGGGCUGGGAAGCUCCCUGCGGAUUUCUGGCCUCCUCUUGGGUAUUAGUUUCAGGGCACAUAGGACAGCAGAAGGCCCCCCUUCUCAGUGGGGAAACCAAGGCAGAGCUGAGGGGACAGGAGAGAGCAGAAGCUAUCAAGAUGAUCAAAGGUCUGCCGUGGGAGGACAUGGCCCCUCCUCCCUCCACCUCGCUGAGGACGUAAUCAAUAAAUUGGAUUGAUGACACCA